CAAAAUUUCCCCGGAUGUGACGUACUUCUGCUGUGCCAAUAUCCCGGCCCUCUCAGCGAAGCAGCCUUUCAGACAAUGCUGAGGGGCUGAAAUUCCACUUUUCAAUCGAUGCCUCGGACGGGCUUCUCUUCCGAACACAGAUGGGCUGACAACAUAGAAACAUGGCUGCCUCUGCGACGAGCAGGGCACUAAACAGAAACAGCGCCACACAUGACAGUCCGAAGCGUCCCGAGGAGUCUCUGUCGCAGUCACGGGACAUAAUAAAACCUUCCAUCACGGAGCUGACCAAAGAAGUGAGGACGAACAUCCUCUGCACCGUGGAAGGAUGUGGCAAGAUUCUCCCCAACACACCUGCGUUGAACAUGCACCUCGUUAAAUCGCACCGAAUAAAGGAUGGUAUUGUGAAUCCUACCAUCCGAAAGGACAUGAAGGACUCUCAGAAGCUUUACUGCUGUCCAAUUGAGGGUUGUCCCAGGGGGCCCAACAGACCCUUCUCCCAGUUCUCCCUGGUUAAACAACACUUCAUGAAGAUGCAUGCAGAAAAAAAACACAAGUGCUUUAAGUGCACCAACGGCUACAGCACCGAGUGGGACCUAAAGAGGCACAUAGAGGACUGCGGGAAGACGUACCACUGCACAUGUGGCUGCCCCUACGCCAGCAGGGCGGCUCUACUCUCACAUAUCUACAGGACCGGUCACGAGAUUCCUACAGAACACAGAAUUCCUCCAGUGAAAAAGCGAAAGAUGGAGAAAUUGUUACGGGAUCCUGAAAAGGCUAAGACCAGCGAGUCAACCUUUCAGAUCUGGCCCGCAAGCACCAUGCGGACAGAGACUGGGCUCCCUUCCGAUGCAACCGUCCACAUCACGGAUUUGGCGAAUCAGAACUCCAACCCCCGCAGAAGCCUCCAGAAGCUCCUCCUGCCAAAGCCUAAGAUGGCUCUGGUCAGUGUUCCUGUGAUGCAGCUGGCCCACCUGCCCGUCCUCCUCCCGUCUACAGACGGCGGCUCUGUGGUGCUGGCCGUGGACAGCCGAGGCUCCGUUGGCACCCUCCACCUCCUGCCGCAUGGAGCUGUGGUGCCCCAGCUGGACGCCAAGAGUUUGUGCUUCAAGGACAGCAUGCCCACUUCCCGCUCAAGCCUCGGGCCGAUCAGCACUGGCGUGCAGGUGAGUCUGGACCCUGCCAGCACGGGUAGAAUCACCUCCACUAACAUUCAGACGGACAAGUCGUACUUGUCAGAAAUGCCCACAGGAGCGGGGGUCACUGAGGGAAUGGGUUUGUACCCGGGGGGCGAGUCCUCUGUGUCGUCCUGCGCCCAAACCGACAUAAGCGUGAGUGCCCAAGUCCUACUGCCGGUCAGUGUUGAAACCCAGACCUUCUCCUCCCAGGCGAGAGCCACGUCCUCUAUUGGAGCUCAGACAGACACCCGGAGCGUUGCUCAAAUUCCUUGUUCUUCUUCGUUGGUGCCGCCGUACAGGACCAGGCAGACGCAGACGUCUUUGGACCUGCCGCAGGCGGACGAUAAGGCUCAGCAGCACGCUAUGAUGUGCUCCGACCUGUUUGGCAGCGACUCCCUCAGCGUCUCCACUCAGACCGCUCUGGACAUCCACAGCACUGUCACCGGCAGCAGCAUCUACGAGGACUCCAAGGCAGCCGGUGGAAUGUGUUUCGGGGUGCAGACGGAUGAGCUCAACUCCAACAACAUGGCAGAUAAUCAGACCCAAACGAUGACCCUGUUGAAUGACCUUGAACACAUUCUGUCCGACAGCAUGUCGGGCCACCAGGUGCUAACGGUGGCGUCGGAAGGCUGCGGGUCGGUUCUGGGAUCUGUGCAGGAGCAGCACAAUGGCAUCGACUUUGACUUUGAAGAGUUUCUCAACGCCGUGCACAUCCAGACCCAAACGGAGGAGAGUGAGCUGGGAGGACUGGGCGGGGACGCGCCGCUGGAGUCCCUGGACAUCCAGACCCAGACCGACUUCCUCCUGAUGGACGAGCUAGACCAAAAUGAGGGACCAAGUCGAACCCAGGCCAGCGACCUGGAGCUGUUCGAUACGCAGACUCAGACCGACCUCAAUUUCCUCCUGAACGCCGGGAGCCACAUGCCCCUGAGCAGCAUUCUGCGACAUUCCAGCUUUUCCAUGAGCACCGAGUCUUCGGAUACAGAGACCCAGACGGAUCUCCCUUUAUUCUCCUCCGGUCUGUCCGCUCAGACCCUCGUGAGUCAGGGGGAACACGGCAGGCUGCUGAACAGCACAGAGACGCAGACUGUGAGCAGCCAAGCCGAGGGCCUGGGUCACCUCUUCCUGACGAGCAACGAAACGCAGACUGUCAUGGAUGACUUCCUGUCAGCCGACCUGGCGUGGAAUAUGGAGUCCCACUUCAGCUCGGUGGAAACCCAGACAUGCGAGGAGCUUUGCGCUCUUUUUCAGCCCCCUGAGAAGCCCAACAGCUGAAGCCCUUCUCAGCGAGUCGGCCUAGGCGUUUGCAGCACAGGUUUCUCGCGUCCUCUCGGUCGACGCUGUCCCUCAGCGGACCACAGUCUGAGCAGUAAGAAGUCUGCCAAAAAAUGUCUUUGAACAUUCCACUGGAGACUUGGUGUCCACAGCCUUUCCGGGUGCACAUCCUGAGCGCUCGGCUGCACUUUAAUUGCUCAACGGGCAUGACUCAUCCACCCCGGUGACAGUUUACAUAUUUAUUUGCACAUAAGGUAAUGUAUUGUAGGUGUAUUUUGUCUGAAACGCCGGUUUACUUGUUUGUUCAAUGUACAACCAGUAUGACUGGUUUUCACUGUUUGGGUCUUACUAGCGGUUUAAAAAUGACACGACAUUUCCUCAAUGUAAGAUCUGCACCUUAGAAGGGAUGACAUUGUUAGCUGUGCGUGGUUGUCACCAAAAGGCUUCUAACUCUAACCUACGACAGCGCUCAGAUAUGCAUAUUGUGCAUGAAUACAAUGUCGUCUCAGCUGUACGGCAAAUAUUGUUGUACAUUUAGUUUUUGUGUAUGUUUGGAAAUGUGCAUGAAGCAUCCACGUGGUCCGCAGUAGAGGAACAUUAUAUAUCUAAGCUUGUGCAUCGUUGAUGUCGCUUUGCCAGCGGCAGCAACUCUAUAAACUCUUAAAACAUCCUGCAAUGUUUGCAGCCAGUAAAGAAAGUUGACCAGUGGAAGUUGGCUAUAUGUUUUUCAUAAAAAUUUAACAGUGGACAAGGCUUUGCUUAAAGACAUUAGGAUGCAUCUCCGAAACAAGUGUUACUCAUACAGAUGUUGGACAAGCAAAACUGUUUUAUCUUGUAAGUUGUUGCACACCUUUUGAAUUGAUAUGUGAUUGUGAAGGUCUUUUCUUGUGUUUUGAACCUCUGUAGCUAAGCAGUGAGUUGAAGUCUGUAAGGCUGUAGUGUAGCUGGGUGUAAGGAAGACAUCCAGUAAUGUUACUGUACAGGGACACAGUGGUUCAGAACUGAUGUCGGCUGGAUGCACCCUCUUAUUUUGAGUAUUGUUUGCUAGAAUCAUCAGAUUGUCCAACCUUAAUGGACACCUCAUUUUUUAAUAAGCAAAUAAAGUUAAUAUUACAAUUCCAUUAUAUAUUUGCACUAAGUUACCUCUUUAAACCAAGACCCCCCCACUCAGUCUUUGACUUGGGAGCCUUGUGCUAAAGGCCUUGAUUACGUGUUCAUUUGGUUUUGUUGGUGCCUUAACUGAAGUAUUAGUUUUUCUUCUGUUACAGACAAUGCUGCUUUAAAAAUUUGAUCUGAAUUGCCCAUAAUUAUGUUGUGGAAAAACAAACAACUUUGGUAUUUUCAUAAUGUUUGCAUGAAAUAUUGUCUCCAAUAGUUGCUAUUGAUUUCUGUUCUGUCACAUGGAAACGAUGCUAUGCAGCAUUUUGUGGAAGAGAAGGAUGAAGGAUUUCAUAGGUGGGUGGUUCAUGAUGGUAAAGUUUAUAGAUAUUUGUAGAAACUGAAGAAUGUACUGAACAGGACACCGCCCAACAUAUAACAUGCUCUGUUUUUGUGCAUUAUGUUGUUUAGACUGUUUAAGGAUGUGUUCAUCCACCCAGCAGGGAGAGAGAUGCUCACAGCUUCUCCCUGCUGGGCGGCACACAGAUUUGAUUUGCUUUAAACAUAACUAUGAAGGAGCCUCUCAGUCUUACGUGUCAGUUACAGUGCUUUAUUUUCUCUUUGUAGGCAGUGUAUGCAUAUUUGAUAUUUACAGAAUACUAAUUUAGGUUUGGGCCUGUAUGUGUAGAGUUGAUGGUUGCCUUGAUUCAUUUUUGAAGCUACACUACAGAUGUUCUUAAACUGCUGGAAAGUGUAUAUUGUGCGUAUUGUUACUUAACAGCAGAGUGGAAUAAAUUGUACGACCUACAAUGCGUGAUACAGUUUGUUCUCCUGUAAAUCUAAAAAAAGAUUUGUCCAGAAUUUUUUUCUUUUGCAUGUUUUUGUACAAAAAGGUCUCAUCUAAAUCGGUCAGCUUGAUCCUUUAAUUGCUCUCAGUUCAGCAAUGUGGAACAAAUUGCACAGAUGUUUUGGUGAUGCUCUCUUCAACGUGUAAAACAUUUUGUUCUGUACUAAA